ACAACGUAAACUUAUAACACUUAUUCUCAUCAUAAUGUCUACUACAAAAGAAGUUAGCGAGUUGAGUGAAAAAAUGUUGUUAAAAAUUGGCGAACUUGGUAAGCUUAUAAAAAAUAAAAAUGAUUAUUGCAAGUGGAUAAAAUUUUUAAAUAAAAAUAUUUUAAUUUUAAAAAAAUUUUUAAGAAGUCAGGAAAAAAUAGAUAGAAAAUCUAUGAUUAAAUUAGAAUCAAAUUUAAGUAUUUUUAAAAAUUAUCGAGAACAAUUUAAAUACAAAAAGAAUAAUAAUAAAAAGGGGAAACAAUUAGUUUGGAUUGCAUUGGAAUCAUGUUUUAAUAAUCGUAUAAGAACUGGAGCAAUUGUUAACUUUAAUAUUAAGGACCCGCUGAUAUUUUUCAAAAAAGCUCUUAGAUCAUUUUUAUGUCAAGUACGAAAGGAACUCAAAAAAUCUUUGUUAAAAAUAAAUGUUAUAUUUUUAUGUAAUUUUAUUAAACCUCAAACUGGUGAAAUUGAAUUAAAACAUUUUACCACCAAAAAUCAAAUAGUUGAUCGUAACACCGAUUUGAGAAAAUUUUAUAAUGAUUACAUAAAAACUAAUAUUUUAACAAAGUUAGAGGAGUUUCAAGAGAGAGAUUCCGGUUGGGCACUGUAUGAAAUUUUACAAUUAAAAAUUAAUUUUAAUAAUUAUACCCCUAUAAAUAUUGGCUAUUCUACUUACAUUACGGUGCCGAAAUUUAUUCAAAAUACUAAGGGGGUUCUUAAUAUUAAAAAUAAUGAUAAAUACUGUUUUCUCUGGUGUAUUGUGGCCGCUCUUAAUCCCUGUAAUACAAAUCAAAAUCCAUGUAGAACAUCUUCAUAUCCUCAUUUUAGUGAAAUUUUAAAAUAUGACAAUAUUAGUUUUCCAAUUAAAAUAAAAGAUAUAAGUAAAUUUGAGAAAAUGAAUAAUAUCGGAGUGAAUGUAUUUAGUUUGGAGAAAAAAGAAGUUGUACCUGUAUGUCUGAGUCAAUAUGACUUUUUAGUUAAGGUUAAUUUAUUAAUACUUUCUAUAAAUCAAGAGGAUAAUUUUAAUACAGAUGACGAUGAUGAUGAUGAUAAUGAUGGUUUAGGUCAGCAUAUCUUACAAUUUCAUAGAACAUAUCAUUUUGUAUUAAUUAAAAAUUUAUCAAGAUUAUUAAAUAAGCAAAUUGGUGAUAUUACUAAUAAAAAAGUUUAUUGUGACAGAUGUUUAAAUUAUUUUUAUUCUGAACAAGUUUUAAAUAAGCAUAUGUUUGCCUGUAAAAAAAUGAAUAAAAUUAAAGUAUCACUUCCAUCUGAAAGGGAAAAGAACAUAUCAUUUUCACAUUUUAAAAAUAAAGAAAAAGUUCCAUUUGUCAUUUAUGCCGAUAUUGAGAGUAUAUUAGAAAAAUAUGAGGAUUUAAAUGUUAAUGAAAAUAAAUAUCAAAAACAUAUUCCAUGCAGUAUUGCUUAUUAUUUAUUAUGUAGCUAUGAUAAUUCUCUAUCAAAAUUUGAGCUAUAUACGGGGCAAGACUGUAUAAGUUGGUUUUGCUUAAAACUACAAAAAUUAGCACAUCAAUUAAAUCCUAUAUUUUAUAAUAUUGUUUCAAUGUUACCCUUGUCGACAUCAGAGCAAGAAUCAUUUAACACAUCUACUAUGUGUCAUAUUUGUCAAAAGCCUUUUAGUGAAGAUGAUAUAAAAGUUAAAGAUCAUUGUCAUUUUACGGGUAAAUAUAGGGGUAGUGCUCACUUUUUAUGUAAUCUCAAUUAUAAAGAUGAUCAUAUUAUACCUGUAAUAUUUCACAACCUUUCUGGCUACGAUAGUCACUUUAUUAUACGGAAAUUGACAACCGAAAUACCGGGCUCGGUUACCUUAUUACCUGUUAACAAGGAAAAAUUUAUAUCUUUUUCAAAAUAUAUAGAAAAUACAAGUAUUCAAUUUAGAUUUUUGGAUUCUUUUCGAUUUAUGUCUAGCAGCUUAGAUCGAUUGAGUUCCUACCUAAAUUCUUCUGAAAAAUAUAUUACUAAAAGUUUUUGCAAAAAUGAGACUGAAUUUAAUCUUAUAUCAAGAAAAGGUAUAUUUCCAUAUGAUUAUCUUGAUUGUUGGGAAAAACUAAAGGAAAAUAGCUUACCAUCGAUUGAUGCUUUUUACUCCAAACUUAAAAAAUCUAAUGUAACACAGACUGAUUAUAACUUUGCUGUUAAAAUUUGGGAAUCAUUUCAAAUUCAAAAUUUACAAGAAUAUUUAGAGUUAUACUUAAAGACUGAUAUUUUACUUUUGGCAGAUGUUUUUGAAAAUUUCCGAAAAGUUUGUUAUAAAACAUAUGGUUUAGAAUGUCUAAAAUAUUUUACUGCCCCUGGAUUGGCCUACGAUUCUUGCCUUUUAAUUUCAAAAGUUACAUUAGAAUUAAUUACCGAUAUUGAUCAAAUAAUGAUGAUUGAAAGCGGAAUUAGAGGUGGAGUAUCUCAGUGUAGUAAUCGUUAUGGUAAAGCUAACAAUAAAUAUAUGGAGAAUGAGUUUAACCCCGAUCUGCCAUCAUCAUAUUUAAUGUACUUUGACAUUAACAAUUUAUAUGGAACAGCAAUGAGUGAAUCGCUUCCUACUGGUGAUUUUAAGUGGGUUGACAUAAGUGUCUACUAUUCGGAAAAUAUUAUUAAUACACCAGACGAUUCAGAUGUAGGGUAUAUACUUGAAGUAGAUUUGGAAUAUCCUAAGGAACUCCACGAUCUACACAAGGAUUUACCUCUAUGUCCAGAACGCUUAAUACCACCUGUGACAUCAUCAAAACAACCUAAAUUAUUGACAACACUUUUUAAUAAGAAAAACUAUGUUAUUCAUUACAGAAGUUUAAAACAAGCUUUAUCUCUUGGUUUACAACUUACUAAAGUUUAUAAAAUUUUAAAAUUUAAACAAUCACCUUGGCUAAAAACUUACAUUGAUUUAAAUACAAAUUUGAGAAAACAAAGCCAAAAUGAAUUUGAAAAAAACUUUUUUAAGUUAAUGAAUAAUGCAGUUUUCGGAAAAACUAUGGAAAACGUGAGGAAAUACAAAGAUGUUAAAGUAGUAACUACUUGGCUCGGUCGAUAUGGAGCAAAAAAUUACAUUUCAAAACCUAAUUUCCAUAGUUUAACCAUUUUUGAUGAUGACAUGGUUAUAAUUGAAAUGUCAAGGUUAAAUAUUAAAUUUAAUAAACCUAUAUAUGCGGGUUUUAGUAUUUUAGAAAUUUCUAAACUUUUUUUAUAUGAUUUUCAUUAUAAUUAUAUUAAACCUAAAUUUAAUACAGAUGCCAAACUAUUAUAUACUGACACUGAUUCUUUAAUUUACCAUUUUCACGUGGAAGAUAUCUAUGAAUUUAUUAGAAAUGAUAUAGAUAGAUUUGACACUUCUGAUUAUCCUGUAGACAACAUUUAUAAUAUUCCUUUAGUUAAUAAGAAAGUAUUAGGAUUAAUGAAAGAUGAGAAUAAUGGCAAAAUUAUGAGUGAAUUUGUAGGUCUUAAAUCAAAAAUGUAUGCAUUAAAACUGUUUGAUUCAGAUAAAGUUGUUAAAAAGGCUAAAGGUAUUACUAAUACUUCAAUGAAAACAAUAACAUUUGAUGACUAUUAUAACUGUUUAUUUCAUAAAGACACAUUUUAUACACAAGAACAUUUAAUUCGAAGUAAAAAACAUGAGGUCUACACAAUAAACCAGAGAAAAGUUGCUCUUACUCCAUAUGAUGAUAAAAGAAUUAUUAAUUAUAUAUAUACCGAUACACUACCUUGGGGUUAUAAUCAAUAAAUUUAUUUUAUCCAUUUUCAAUAAAAAAUUUUUAUACAUUUAAGCUGAUCAAGAAGUAAGUCCAAUUUUAAAAUAUACAAAAAUCACACCUCACGCAUAUUAUACACCCGAAAAGGGUAGUAGACUGGCUGCUGGAUAUGAUUUAAAAAGUAAUCAUGACACAAUAAUACCAGCUAAAGGAAAAACUCUAAUAUCAACUGGACUUAAAUUUGAGCUACCGAAAAAAACUGCUAUGGCAGGAUUGCUCCAAGGUCUGGUUUAGCUGUAAACCACUUUAUUGAUGUAGGCGCUGGCGUUAUCGAUGAGGACUAUCGAGGUGAAAUUAAGAUCCUACUGUUCAAUCACUCGGAUGAGGAUUUUCACGUUAGAACUGGCGACAGGAUAGCUCAAAUAAUAUGUGAAAGGAUCUUCUAUCCAGAACUUCAAGAAGUCAACAAC